CCGCUCUCGUCGCUCGUCUCCGUGUCAUCGCCACUCUCGCAGUGCAUGACUCCCUACGCAGCAUCCGACAUCUAACCUCUUCAGAACCCAUCUCACGCUCCUUCCUCAGAGACCAUCGCGGUCUUGUAAGUCGGUGCACUCCGGCCUUUGCGACUCGUGAACUGGACGUGCUUAGUCCUCAAGGGUUGGCACUUCACAACGCCCCUGCUCAAUCUCUGGGUUCGACGCGCAGCUCUCGCGAUGCCAGCCGCCGACUAUGGGCCAAUUGCCGGUAACGAGACGGACAGUCAGAUCGGGGAUGACCGCUUCUGGAUCCAUGCCUCGGUCAUCUAUGGCCUAUUCUAUGGCAUUCACGUUUGCAUUUACUGCAUCACGGCCUACUUCGUACUGCAGCGCAAAAUCGCCAAGCGGACGAACAUGUUCCUGUUUCUGCUUAUUACGGUCCUACUAGGGACCGGGUCGACCGUGUUCGCGGCGUCUACCAAACUCCUGGAACUCAUGUUUGUGGACAACCGUAAUUAUCCAGGCGGGGUAAACAGCUGGUACGAGGAUGUUGGGCAGACUACCAGCUGGAUCGUCCUCUCGAACGCGGCGUAUUUCUUCUCAGAGAUGUUCGCGGAUGGGUUCCUGCUUCAUCGUUGCUGGAUAGUGUGGAAUAAGAAUUACUGGGUUAUGAUCCUUCCUUCGCUCAUGUACCUGUACCUCAUGGGCCUCGGUUUCCCUCUCAUGUGUGUUCCGUCAUUGACAUCGCUAUGGUUCAACUUGGCUCUCAUCUCGUCAUGGUUUGGCGGUGCCGCCGCUCUCAAUAUCCUCCUCACCCUCCUCAUCGGCGGCCGCUUGGUAUGGCAUACUCGAGAGCUUCGGCGCACGUUCGGCGCCGGUCAUGGCGCGCACUAUCUUUCCGUAACCGAGAUCGUCGUCGAGUCCGCCGCGACUUAUGCCGCUCUUGAGAUCCUCUUUAUCUGCUUCUUCGCGCGCAACAACAGCCUACUCGCUAACGCAUUGGCAUGGCCAAUACUAACACAAGCUGUGUGUAUCGCGCCCGACCUCAUCAUCCUCCGAGGCGUCCUAAAAUCUGCCACAAGGGGAUCGCAACCCUCCGCGUACAGCAAUCCGGCGAGCACCUACCAGGGCGGGGCCACCGCCCGCACGAUGCUAUCAGCGACCGCGGCACGCCAUAACAGCAUCCACCUCAACUCGAUGCAGGUCAAAGUCGACGAGGAAGUCGUUCACGAUAACGACUCUAUGUACGACCCCGAGAUCGGCCACACACCGAAAGCACGGGAGUUCUUGCAACGUGACCUGUAGAAGUUAAUGCGCUUUGGGUAUUUAUCUUUGUCUGGCGGCUUUGAUUUGUGGAGUCUAUCUAGAGUUGUUGUUGUGCUGUAUCCCGUCGUAAGGACGCUGAUGUUGUUACUCGCUGUUGCACCCACCUGUACCCUAAUGACUAGUUCUCGUAUGCGUUGACCAUAUGCAUGUCUC